CUUAGUUUCUGUGUCAAGGGAUUGGUUUUUGUUUGCUCUUUGACAAUAUAGCUGGAUUUGGUUAAAGAAUAGAGCUUGGUUUUCUGAAGAUUUGAGGAUUUGACCAGAUUGAUAUAGGUUAAAUAGGCUGGAGGAUAGUGCUGAAUCUUGAGGAGUGGUGUUAGAUUGUAAAGACUCUAGCUUUGGUUGAGUUUUUGAGUUGGGGUCAAGAAAAUGGUGGAAUCAUUGGCUUCAACCUCAUUUAUUGGGCAUAGGCCACUCUAUGCUGGAGCGGUUGUUAAGGAGGGAUAUAGCAAGAGGAGGUCUGUUAGUAUAGUUGGGUUUCGUAAAGAAAAGUGUCUUGGUGGAAGGAUUGCUAUGUCUCCUCCUUUGCUGAGGCUGGGAGGUGAUCGCUCGAAGACUUCAGCAAUCCAUGCCCUUGCAAUGGAGCUGGCGCAUGAGACGUAUUCGUUCAAGGAUGAUAGGAUUCCGCAGAAAUGGAAUCAUCCUGCAGAGAAAGGGGCAGAUCAAACUGGUGUGGAUCGAAGGCCUGGUGUGUGGCCACCGGAGAAUAAAGCAGAUAUGCCUUCACUGCACAACCCCUUGCUUCGGCAAGAACGGAUGGGGAGUGGUUGGCUUGUUGCAAUAUUUGAGUGGGAAGGUGUUUUGAUUGAAGACAACCCUGACCUUGAGAAGCAAGCUUGGCUAGCUCUUUCUGAAGAAGAGGGUAAAUCUUCUCCACCGGCUUUUGUUCUUAAAAGGAUAGAAGGCAUGAAGAAUGAGCAGGCGAUUUCUGAGGUUCUCUGCUGGUCAAGAGACCCAGCGCAGAUGAGAAGAAUGGCUUCUCGGAAGGAAGACAUUUACCAAGCUUUGCAAGGUGGCAUGUACAGAUUACGAGCUGGAUCAAGGGAGUUUGUGAAUGUUUUGAUGCAUUACAACAUUCCAAUGGCAUUGGUCUCUACACGUCCUAGGAAAACUCUUGAGGCUGCAGUUGGGAAUAUCGGUAUUCAAGAAUACUUCAAUGUGAUGAUAGCUGCAGAAGAUGUUCAAAGGGGGAAACCUGAUCCUGAAAUGUUUGUGUAUGCGGCACAGCUUCUAAAAUUCAUACCUGAGCGGUGCAUUGUGUUUGGAAACUCGAAUCAAACAGUGGAGGCUGCCCAUGAUGCGCGGAUGAAGUGUGUGGCUGUUGCUAGCAAGCAUCCUGUAUAUGAGCUUGCAGCUGCAGACUUGGUGGUUAGGCGCUUGGAUGAGUUGUCUGUGGUUGAUUUGAAGAACCUUGCUGCGGUAGAAUCAGCUGAAUUUGGUGCAGAGCCGGAAUUGGAACUGGAGGAGGAAGAAGAUCCAUCUCCGUCUACCAGAACAACAUUUGAUGAUGAUUUCUGGUAACUCCUGUUGAAGUGUACAGAUCUUUAUUCUUCGUUAUUGAUGAUAUAGUUCUAUCAACAAUGCUGUGUAUAAGCAAAAAAGGCAAAAGAAAAAAGAACAAAGCUAAAACAUUUCAGGUUGUCUGCAUUAGACUACCUUGAUGCUAGCAUCUCUGUAUUUUCUGUACAAUAUAUAUCAGUUUAGGACUUCAAAUAUCUACUUUGUCUUCUGCUUAUGCUUGAUUAUAUCACUGGUAUUGUGAUUGAAUUUUGCUAUCUUUCA